UCCGGAAGUACAGUUAAUUUUUAUUCACAGGGAAAAAAAACACACACAGCUGCAGUUGAAAAACACAACAUCAAAAAUGCCUGCCCCAAAGAGAGGAUCAACUCCUCAUGACUCACAGCCCAAGAUGAGGAAGUUGGAUGAGGAUGGAGAAGCUCUGCCAACCAAAAUCGAAUCGGCUACCAAUUCCCUUAUAACAGAGAAAAAGCAAGAAAACACUGCAGCAGCACCGCGGACUAAAAUAAAACGAUUGUUGGUGGAAAAGGGAAAUACACCAGCCAAAUCAUCCAAACAAAGUUCUCCUCCGAAGGAUUCCAGCAAAUCCCCCUCUGAUCCACCUGUGAAAAAAGCCAAGCUCCUGACUGCCACAAGUGCCUCCUGCGGAGAAGCUCCCUCACAGAGAGCAAACUCCAAAGCUUCCCUGAAACAAACCACCUCUACUGAGUCUGAUGACGAUCUAAGUAGCGACGGUAGUAAGGUGGAGUUCUUCAGAGAGAAAGAUGAUGAAGAUGAGGCCUGCUGCAUCGGAAAAUACUCCAACAAAGCCAAGCGCAAAGUUGAAUUGUCUUCGGACCUGCAGGAGAUGAGCCAAGAUUUAUCAUCCUCACCUUCUGAUCCUGUACAGAUAGACCACAAUUAUGGUAGAUUUUCAGAUUCCACAUCUCUUCAGAACACUGGGGUGGCUGAAGAUAAAGACUCUGUUUUGUCUUUUACUGAACAAGAAAGCCAAGAAAUUUCACAUAAUGCAACACAAAAGGUGCCAACGGACACUUCAACCUCUGAAACGGGGAGCGCUGAGACGAGCAUUAAAGUUGAGUCGGCAACUGACGAACAUAAAGAUGUGGAAUUACAAUUUCAAGACAGCCAAACUCUUGUGGAUCAUAAAACACCAGCGUUUUCUAGAGAAGUGGCAGACUGUGUCACGCCUGUGGGUGAAAAAAAAGAAAAACAAGAUGCAACGGAGUCCACCAAAAGCCUAAAUGAUGCAGAUGAUAAAACACUAGCAUCGCCAGAGAAAACACUAUGUGCUGUUACUGGAGAGCUAAUUUCAGGGGCACGAGUUGUAGAUGAAAGAACUGAUUCAGCUUGCCAAUCAGAAAGCCAGACUUGCCUGAUUAUACAAUCUGUUUCUGAAGAGAAUGAGCUGAAUAUAAAAAGUGAAACUAAGGAGCAAGAAGUAUCUGAAGCUGCUGGAAUCUGUGCAGAUAAAUUAGAUGGAGUUCUGUUAAAAGUAACAAGUUCUGUUCUAGAACAUAAAUCUCUAGUUCAGAACCUCCAGUGGAAACGCGAAAGCAGGAAAUCCAGGAGCUGA